GAGCCAGCAUCCUAACUGGCCACCUUCCCGUCAGCGAUGCAUGGCGCCCUAUAUAAGCGACAGAAUCAUCCAAGGUGCUCCAUUGCAUUCGCAAAGCCCCGUUCGCUGGCAUCCAGAUCACCCAUUUCGUUCCUGCAAUCAUAACAAGUUCGUUCGACCGGCCCACAAAUUGGUUCAGAUCAAGCCCUGCGCCAUCGCCAUGUCUUCGACGACGGCGGCGGCAUCCGACGUCGCCGGCGUCUGGUUCUUCGGCAAGCUCUCCGCCGCCAUCCGUGGGAAGAAGCGGCAGGCCGUGCCGACGGUGAGCCACGCCGAGCACCAACACCAGAUGGGAGGGGCCGGUCAUGGCAAGAAGGCGGCCGCGGCGGCGAAGCCUUCCGUCGUCGACCGGAAGGAGGCCGGCGGCGGUGGGAUGUCGGACGCGACGGUGUACCUGCUGCUCGACCGCUUCGCACCCAGCUAGUGCUCGCUCGUCUCACCCACCCCUGCUUGCUCGUGUACCUCGACUGUAUAUGUAACUACGUUUCUUAAUUCCGUUCUUGUACCGAGACAUUAUGCAGAAACUCUGGUUGAAUUUUUCUUCA